UUGUACUAGAAAUGAAUUAAGUUUCAAGUUAUACACCAUUAGAAAAUAACAUAGGUAGUUAUCAUCUAAAAAUAAUGGAGAUACAAAAUGUAAUAUCAACACAAAGUUGUGAAUUAAUUUUUUUUGAAACAAAGUUGUGAAUUAAAUCAAACUUACUAGAUUUGAUCAUGGCACAGUUCUUCUUGUACACUUCAAUCCUCUGCCAUCUGCUUCAUUCCAUCUCCUUUCUGAGUUUAACAGUUGGAGCAGUUGACUAUUGCAGUCUUUUACCAAAUCAAACACUUGUUCUUGGGCAGACACUGAUUUCUCAAAACCAAGUUUUUGAAAUGGGUUUCUUCUCACCUGGAAAAUCUUCAAAUAGAUUCUUGGGAAUAUGGUACAAGAGCACACCAGAAGUAGUAGUCUGGGUUGCAAACAGAAACCAUCCCAUCGCGGCCUCACAAGCACCAGUUUUCAUGAUCUCCAGAAAUGGAAGUCUUGUUAUAAGCAGUGGCAAAAGCAUUAUCUGGGUGGCGAAUUCAUCAGCAUCAGGGGUGGCAUCAAAUCCAGUUUUACAGCUCCUGGAUACUGGAAACAUGGUUCUUUUAAACGACAACACAAGCACGACGGAGGGCUACAUGUGGCAGAGUUUUGAUUACCCAACUGACACCAUGUUACCAGGAAUGAAAUUGGUGGAUGAUGUUGAUGCUGGUGUUGAGAGAUAUCUGACGUCAUGGAGAAGUCCGGACGAUCCAUCUCCCGGUGAAUAUGUUCACAGGAUCCAAAAUCGGGGCUUGGCUGAGACGGUGACUCUAAGAGGGGCAAGCAAAAGAUACCGAGUAGGACAGUGGAAUGGGAUGUAUUUUUGUGGUAACGCACCCUUUCCCAAUUCCAUUUUCAAAACAGAACUGGUUUUCAGGCAAGAGAGGUUGAUAUCCAUUGAAGAGGUCUAUGAGAACUCAAUUCCGGUGAGAACUACUUUGGAUACAUCUGGUACACUCCAGCGCCAUACCAUGAAUAUCAGAAAAGACAAGUGGAAUCAUGUCAUCUCUUUUCCACAAGAUACGUGCGAUGAAUAUGAUAGCUGUGGCCACAACUGUAUCUGCAGAUCUGACAGGCCAAUUAGAUGCCAAUGUUUAAAGGGAUUUGCUCCCAAGCUCCAAAAGGAUUGGGAUCUUCACGAUUGGUCGGGUGGAUGUAUUAGAACUAAACCGUUGAAUUGUGAGGGCGGAGAUGGAUUUCAAGAGAUUAGAGGGGUGAAGUAUCCUGAUACCUUGAGAUGUCUGUUAAAUACAAGCAUGAGCCUCGCUGAGUGCAAAUCUGAGUGCCUUAAAAACUGUAGUUGCACCGCUUAUGCUAAUUCGUUCACCACCAAUGGGGGCAAUGGCUGCUUGAUGUGGUUUGGUGAUCUCAUGGAUACCAAAGGACUCUCUGCAGCAGAUAGUAAGCAGAAGAUCUAUAUCCGUGUGCCACUUUCUGAACAAGAUUUUAGCAGAGGUUUAGAAGAAGAGGAGAAUAAAAGGCCUACUAAAUUCAUACUGGUAUCAAUUGCUUCUGGUGUUCUCGUCUCAGCCAUUAUCAAUGGAGCAGUACUUUUUAUGUCAAGACGAAAGAGGCAAGUAAAAUGGAAUGAUGAGGAUUUAGAAUUAACUGUGAUCAAAAUGGCAACUAUUGUGCAAGCCACAAAUAAUUUCUCAACGGAAAACAACAUUGGAGUCGGAGGUUUCGGUACUGUUUACAAGGGGAAAAUGCUAUCAGGGGAAGAAAUUGCUGUCAAAAGAUUAUCGAAAUCUUCACAACAGGGUCUGGAAGAAUUCAGAAAUGAAGUUAUGGUGAUUGCAAAACUUCAACACAGAAAUCUUGUAAGACUAUUGGGAUGUUGCAUUGAAGAAGAAGAAAGGAUGCUAAUCUAUGAAUACCUGCAGAAUAAAAGCCUUGACCUCUUUGUUUUUGAUAACAGUGGGAGGAGACUAUUGACAUGGCCUAAGCGUUUUAAGAUUAUGAUGGGAAUUGCAAGGGGACUGCUAUAUCUCCAUCACGAUUCCAGAUUAAAGAUUAUUCAUAGGGAUCUCAAAACGAGUAAUAUUUUACUAGACGGACAUUUAAAUCCAAAAAUAUCAGAUUUCGGCUUAGCAAGAAUAUUUGAAGAGGAUCAAUCUCUUGCCAGAACAAAAAGGGUCGUUGGGACAUAUGGAUAUAUGGCUCCGGAAUAUGCAAUUGAUGGGAAAUUCUCGGUGAAAUCUGACAUCUUUAGUCUUGGAGUGGUUUUGUUGGAGAUUAUCAGUGGGAAAAAGAACAGAGGAUAUGGAGGCUCCGACCACUAUCUUAACCUCUUGGGCCAUGCAUGGUUGCUAUGGAAAGAAAACAGGAUUGUGGAGUUGAUGGAUGAGUAUUUGAAUGAUACAUUUGAGGAGUGUGAAGUGAAGAGAUGCAUGCAAGUGGGAUUAUUAUGUGUUCAGAAAUUUGCAGAAGAUAGGCCAAACAUGUCAUCUGUGGUUUCAAUGUUAGGAAAUGAUGGAGUAAUUUUGGCAGAACCUAAAGAGCCUGGGUUUUUUAUGGAGAGAAGUUGCAGUCUUGCGAGAAGUAGUACUUCAGAAGAUAAAACAUUGACCAUUACUGACCUGGAGGGCAGAUGAGGAGCUCCACAUCCAUCGUUUCUCGCUCUAAUUCUAAUCUUUUUCCGACGACGACUGAGGAUUGUAGUUGUGUGUGUUGUCGAUAAAUUGAAUUUGAAGUUGAAGGUUAGGCGAAAAUUAGGCAUCUCAUUUUUGAAUGAGCUGGUCUUGUGUGAGGUCACCGCAUACUAUGCGGUUGGGUCAGCCCUGACCCGACCCGUAUCAAAAUAUAUUUUCCAGAUUUUGAUAAAUAUAAACAAUUGUGUGGGGUGGUGCAAUUUGCAACA